AUGGGCGGUGCUCUCGGCGGCAAUGCCGCGUACGAUGCAGCGUUGGAGCGGCGACAGGCGCUCAUGGGAGCCAGCGGCGCCAGAGCUCUCGUCAAGAACUUCAAGGUGGCCCGCAUUGCAGCUUUCGCGUGCAUCGGAGGAGUUCUUUACGGCUAUAAUCAGGGCAUGUUCUCGGGAAUCUUGGCCAUGCCAUCUUUUGGGAAACAUAUGGAUGGCUACAUCGAUAAUCCUACUCUCAAAGGCUGGUUGACUGCAAUUCUGGAACUCGGGGCUUGGUUCGGCACCCUGCUUUCUGGUUUUGUGGCCGAAGUCUUCUCGCGAAAGUAUGGUGUUCUGGUUGCGACCGCGGUCUUCAUGCUCGGAGUCAUCAUCCAGAUCACUUCAAUUACUGGCGGCCACGAAUCAAUCCUGGCAGGUCGGGGUAUGGGCGUGGGAAGUCUUUCAAUGAUUGUGCCGCUGUACAAUUCAGAGUGCGCACCUCCUGAGGUCCGUGGAGCUCUUGUUGCCUUGCAGCAGCUCGCUAUCACAUUUGGAAUCAUGAUCAGUUUCUGGAUCGAUUACGGGUGCAAUUACAUUGGAGGAACAGAAGAGGAGACUCAGUCAGACGCUGCGUGGUUAGUUCCAAUCUGUCUCCAGCUCGGACCAGCCAUUGUGCUCUUUGUUGGAAUGAUGUGGAUGCCUUUCUCGCCAAGGUGGCUGAUCCACCAUGAUCGUGAAGACGAGGCCCGAGACGUCCUUGCCAACCUCCGAGACUUACCUCACGAUCAUGAACUCAUUCAACUCGAGUUCCUUGAAAUCAAGGCACAGUCCUUGUUUGAAAAGCGAAGCAUCGCCGAGCACUUUCCUCACCUGCAAGAACAAACGGCGUGGAACAUUUUCAAACUGCAAUUUGUCUCCAUCAAGAGUUUGUUCACUUCCAGAGCAAUGUUCAAACGUGUCAUAGUUGCUUGCCUCGUCAUGCUGUUCCAGCAGUGGUCUGGAAUCAAUGCUGUGCUUUACUACGCUCCUCAGAUUUUCGAACAGCUCGGCCUUAGUGAGAACACGACAAGCUUACUAGCAACCGGUGUCGUCGGUGUCGCCAUGUUCAUAGCUACAAUCCCGGCAGUCUUGUGGAUUGACCGAGUGGGCCGGAAGCCGGUCCUGACCGUUGGGGCUAUCGGUAUGGGUACUUGCCACAUCAUCAUUGCGAUAAUCCUGGCCAAGAACAUCGACAAUUUCCAUAACGCCCCGGCGGCGGGCUGGGCUGCUGUGUGCAUGGUGUGGCUGUUCGUGAUCCACUUCGGCUAUUCUUGGGGACCCUGUGCUUGGAUCAUUGUUGCUGAAAUCUGGCCGCUGAGCACUCGUCCUUACGGAAUAACUUCAUGUAAGCCAUUUCAUAUGACAGAGACCUAUAGUGUCGGCCAGGUCACCCCAGACAUGCUCGUUGGCAUCACAUACGGUACUUACAUCAUAUUCGGCCUUCUCAUAUAUACUGGCGCAGCAUUCGUCUGGUUCUUCGUUCCGGAGACCAAGCGGCUUUCGCUGGAGGAAAUGGAUCUGGUCUUCGGCUCUGAGGGAACCGCACAAGCGGACUUUGAGCGUAUGGCGGAGAUUAAUCGUGACAUUGGUCUUACGGCACUACUCGAGCGAGACCACCAUGGCUCGGCAGCCAUCGGCGAAGAGCUCGAGAAGCCGAAAAUCGACUCCGUCAAUCAUGAGCGAGUAUAG